CAGGCUUCCUUUGGGAGUUCGAGCCCAGUUGGCUCUUUAUCGUCUGAGGAUCAUGACUUUGACCCAUCUGCUGAAAUGCUGGUACAUGAUUAUGAUGAUGAGCGAACUCUGGAAGAAGAGGAAAUGAUGGAAGAAAGCAAAAAUUUCAGCUCUGAAAUUGAAGAUUUAGAAAAGGAAGGAAACAUGCCAUUGGAAGAUUUACUGGCAUUCUAUGGCUAUGAACCCACCAUUCCAGUUAUGGCAGGCUCCAGUGCGGAUAGCUCUCCAAGUGAACUUGCAGAUGAACUUCCAGAUAUGACUCUAGAUAAAGAGGAAAUUGCUAAAGACCUUUUGUCGGGUGAUGAUGAAGAAACACAGUCCUCUGCUGAUGACUUGACGCCAUCAGUUACUUCACAUGAGGCUACUGACUUCUUUCCUCGACCAUUAAGAUCAAACACUACGUGUGAUGGAGAUAAGGAAUCAGAUGGUGAAGAUGUAGAGGCAGACAAUGGUAAUUCAUCUGAAGAUUUGAGAAAGGAAAUAAUGGUUGGUUCACAGUACCAGGCUGAAAUUCCACCUUACCUUGGCAGAUACAGUGAUGGUGAAAAGGCCUAUGAGAAUGAAGACCACUUACUUUGGAAACCUGAUGUGAUCUCAGAAAGUAAAGUUAAAGAAUACCUUUUUGAAACCUCCUUAAGAACAGGAAAUGAAAAAAUGAUUGGCAGAAUUCCUGAAGGACUACAUACACGGGACAAUGAACAAGCGCUGUAUGAACUUCUUAAAAGUAGCCAUAAUGUUAAAGAAGCAAUUGAGAGGUACUGCUCAAAUGGAAAGGCAUCUCAGGAAGAGAUGACAGCAUGGACAGAAGAAGAAUGCAGGAGCUUUGAACAUGCACUUCUGAUUUAUGGAAAAGACUUUCAUCUCAUACAGAAAAACAAGGUAAGAACCAGAACAGUUGCUGAGUGUGUUGCUUUCUAUUACAUGUGGAAAAAGUCAGAACGUUAUGAUUACUUCGCUCAGCAAACACGAUUUGGAAAGAAAAGAUAUAACCAUCAUCCAGGAGUUACGGACUACAUGGAUCGUUUGGUAGAUGAAGCAGAAGCCCUCGGUGGGGCAGUGCAUUCUUCAGCCUUAACAUCUAAUAGUCGAACAGAAACCAUUCCUGAUCAACAGCUGAGCAUUCUGAACUCUAUCACUGCCAAUGAGUUGACAGCAUUGACAAAUAGCGUAGCUACGGUCUGCCACACUUCAGAUGUGAACUGCCUGGAUGAUGCCUUUUCUCCUAUGGACAGCUUACCCCGAGCACCAGUUAAUCAUGUGCCUGUUGGAACAGAAGAAUUGCUUAACUUGCCUAGCAAUGGUGAAAGUGAUUGUUUUAAUUUAUUUGAGACUGGCUUUUAUCAUUCAGAGCUAAACCCAAUGAACAUGUGCAGUGAAGAGACAGAAAGACCUGCAAAGAGAUUGAAAAUGGGAAUUCCUGUCCCAGAAUCUUUCAUAAAUGAUGUCUCUGUAAAUAACCUUGGUGUGGACUUCGAGAACCACACACACCAUAUUACCAGUGCCAAAAUGGCUGUUUCAGUGGCUGACUUCAGCAGUCUCUCUGCAAAUGAGACAAAUGGUUUUAUCAGUACCCACACUCUUCACCAACAUGCUGCCCUUCACUCAGAAUGACUGUGGAAAACUGAACAAACAGUGGGUACUUUAUGCAGUAGUAGUAAACUUGAUGGGAGCUAUCAGGUUUGCUUAGUCUUUCACUGGAAGUUUGAACUUUAUGACAUCAGUGAUGUCUUUGUAUGUA